AUGGACGUGGAUAUGUCGUCAGGCAGCGGCACGCCGCAGGUGCAACCCCAAGCGCAACAGCUACAGCAGCCAGGAGAGUCGCAGAUGUCUUCGACGCCAGGUCCGCCCGCCGGCAGCAUCUCGACAUCGACACAGGUUGGUGGAGUUCGAUGUGACGCCGCCAGCCUUGGUGUGCCUUGUACCAAUUGCGUUGCCUUCCAGAUCGAGUGCCGUAUCCCGAAUCCGAAGCGCAAAAAGACUCAGGGUUCUGGAAGCCAAACCAACAAAGACUCCGACAGCGACCGAGGCGAUGGCAACGAAGACCCUUCACCACGUCCCGCAGCUCCUUCAAGUACUGCAUCUCUCACGCCGCGAGCCCCCUCAGUGUAUCACUCCAACAAUGGUACUCCUGUCGCCGCUUGGACAGAAGCCCAGGCACGUAAAGAAGAAGUCGACAGCGGAACAUACCUCGAUAUUGUCAUGAAACCCAAGUUUACGCGCGCUCCCAUUACCGAAGCUGGACGAGUCGCAUACCUCGGUGAAUCCUCAAACCUCACUCUUCUUGUUCACGAUCGUCAAGGAUCGGCAGAUGUUGUGCAUUACCCACUGCCUGAAAACGUGCGCGGCUCCCGAGCUCGACUAACAGAGCUUGACAACGUUGAAAUCGACAUCCUGCACCAAAGGGGAGCGUUCUUGCUUCCUCCCCGAUCACUAUGCGACGAGCUUAUCGAUGCCUAUUUCAAAUGGGUUCAUCCAAUUGUACCCGUGAUCAAUCGCACACGAUUCAUGAGACAGUACAGAGACCCAAAGAACCCUCCUUCGUUAUUACUCCUUCAGUCCGUCCUUCUUGCCGGUACUCGCGCCUGCAACAACCCCCAGCUGAUGGAUGCGAACGGUUCAACCACGCCUGCCGCUCUGACUUUCUACAAGCGUGCCAAGGCUCUCUACGAUGCCAACUACGAAGAUGAUCGUGUGACAAUCGUUCAAUCGCUACUCCUGAUGGGCUGGUACUGGGAAGGGCCGGAAGAUGUCACGAAGAAUGUCUUUUACUGGAGCCGCGUAGCGACAAUUGUUGCUCAGGGUUCAGGCAUGCACCGGUCUGUUGAGCAGUCGCAAUUGAGUCGGGCAGACAAGAGGUUAUGGAAACGAAUCUGGUGGUCUCUGUUUACUCGCGACCGUUCAGUGGCAGUUGCUUUGGGUCGGCCUGUUCAUAUUAACCUCGACGAUGCAGAUGUAGAAAUGUUGACUGAAGACGACUUCAUCGAGGACGAGGCGGAUCGAGUCAGCGAGUAUCCGCCUGAUCCUGUCCAUGUUCAGUUUUUUCUCGAAUACGUCAAAUUGUGCGAGAUCAUGGGCUUGGUGCUAUCGCAACAAUAUUCUGUUGCAUCUAAAGGAAGGCAGAGGAAUGCUAUUGAUCUUACGCAUAGUGAUAUGGCCUUGGCCGACUGGUUGCAAAACUGUCCGAAGAUUGUUUAUUGGGAAAUGCCUCGCCAUCAUUUUUGGUCGGCACUACUACACUCGAACUACUAUACAACACUGUGUCUCUUGCAUCGAGCUCACAUGCCACCGGGUGGUUCAUCACGUUUCCCUGACCCUUCGCCUUACCCGUCUCGCAAUAUUGCCUUUCAGGCUGCGGCUAUGAUAACUUCGAUCGUCGAGAACCUUGCCGCGCACGACCAGUUACGGUAUUGUCCAGCCUUUGUUGUCUAUAGUCUGUUCUCUGCACUCAUCAUGCAUGUCUAUCAGAUGAAGUCGCCCGUCCCUUCGAUUCAGCAGGUGACACAGGAUAGGUUGCGUAGUUGUAUGUCAGCUAUGAAGGAGAUUUCACGAGUCUGGCUGGUCGGCAAAAUGGUAUACGCUCUCUUCGAGUCUAUCAUGGGAAACAAGACAUUGGAGGAGAGGCUACAAAAAGCCGAGGGCAAACGACACCGAAACUUGCGACAUACUCUUUCACAAUUGGAACAACAACAAAAUCGCCAGGCUGAGGCGCCGAAACGAAAGUAUGAUGACAUGGCUAUCGACUUUGGUACCAACACACCUCAACCUCAGGAAUCGUACGAGAGGUCACGGCCACAGACACCGAGUGCUGUUAAGGUUGAAUCGGGAAGCUCAAUGCAGCCACCGCCAGUUACAUCCCCAAACGCACGACAAAGUACAACUGACACUUUCAUGGGGGGAACAAACUCACGCCCUCAGACUCGGCCGGCAACGCCGUUCAAUCCAUCUUUUUCUGUGCCGCCAACCCCUCCGGAUCUAUACCUGGUAACAAGAAACUCGCCAAACCUGUCCCAGUCACUCUGGGAAAAUUUCCAGCCGGAUCAGUUAUUCCCAGACAGCGCUGCCAUGCCAGCUUUCCCUAAUUUAUCACCAACGCAGACGCAUUCUAACCUCGAUCACAAUCCCAUGGGAUCAGUGCCGCCGAGUAACGGGCAGAAUAGAAUGCAAACCCCACAAGCCGGACAGUAUCAACACCAAGGGAAUGGGAUGAUGCCACAAGGGUUCCAAGGACAUACGAAUAUGUGGCAACCAAAUCUGGACCCAAACCUGCCUGAGGGACAGAGUCCUGACAGCUGGAGUACUUCAUCCGGGCCUGCCCAAGCAGUCCCGACGACACUAAAUGUUGAGGACUGGUAA